GAUUCACUCAAUCGGCGUGUGUUGGAGGGGACGGGUAGUUGGAGUACGGAGUCGCCGGGCGGUAGUGCAUCGUAAACGCGUUUUUUGGAGAAAGAAACACCGCUGUACCUUGCACCGCAGACUGAAGUGAAACAACCCCCGGUGACGACUUGGAAUUGUGAAAUUACUCAACGCGACGACUGCGCCACUGAUAAGCCAUCAAACGCAGCCAGGCUAUCAAAUGCUAUUCAGCUAACAUCCCUAAAAACUGACGGGAUCAAGGUGUUGAUAGCUAGCCUCCCAGCUAAUUACCCAUCAGCUAGCAUCCUCCUGCCGUAGCAUCAUUAGCUCCCCUCUAGUCCUCUCGCACGUCGAGACUUGACCACAGCUCGUGGCGGUGAGAGCAUCACAUCUCACAUUCAGACAAGAACAGACAACGGAGUUUUUUUUUUUUCCUUUAACGAGUGACUGGCUGCUACCGCCGCUACUGGAGAGAGCGUCUGCGUUGCAUUACUGUUGACACCAUCAUAUCCAUCUCCCCAACCCCUUCACCUCUGUCCCUCUCCCUCCACCCGAAACACUGGAAAUCCACAAGCGGCCGGAGAGCGGCGACGGGCCGGCGAAGCUGGGGGUGGUAACGUUACCGGACUCGCAAGGAGUCGUGGCGGCUUCAGACAAGCUCAGCCGGGGGGAUCUACCGACAAGUAUGGACGGACUGGCCGUUGAAGUUCGCGGCUCUAACGGGGCCUUCUACAAGGGUUACAUCAAAGAUGUCCACGAAGACUCGCUCACAAUUGUAUUUGAAAAUAACUGGCAGCCAGAGAGACAGUUGCCCUUCAGUGACGUGCGGUUGCCUCCUCCAGCUGACUACCUCAAGGAAAUUGGGGAAGGAGAGGAGGUGGAGGUUUACUCCCGGGCAAAUGAACAGGAGCCAUGUGGCUGGUGGCUGGCACGAGUCAGAAUGAUGAAGGGGGAGCAGAAGAAUGACCAGGACAAAAAAACAGCAAAUGGAGCAGCAAUGUUCUACGUGAUUGAAUAUGCAGCAUGCGACGCCACAUACAAUGAGAUUGUCACAUCGGAGCGCAUCAGGCCCGUCAACCCCAACAGCCCUUCAUCUCGGAACUCCUUUCACAAAGUCCCCAUCCCUGUCCCAGAAGACCUGAGAGACAUCUGUGCAAAUGACAACAUUCACAAAGACUUCAGGAAAGCUAUCGGAGCCAACUGCAUCUUCUUCAGUGCCCAAACACACGAACUUAUUGUGCUGUCUACAAACGAAACCACAGUCAAGCGUGCAAGUCUUCUGAGCGACAUGCAUUUUCGCAGCAUCCGUACCAAACUCAUGCUCAUGUCCCGCAAUGAAGAAGCCACCAAACAUCUGGAGACAAGUAAGCAGUUAGCAUCGGCAUACCAGGAGGAGGUAAAGGUCAGGGAGGACUUGAUGGGUCUCGCUAUUGGUUCUCACGGUGCCAACAUCCAGCAGGCAAGAAAGGUGCACGGUGUCACAGCUAUCGAACUAGAGGAGGAAAGCUGUACGUUCAGAAUCUAUGGAGAGACCCCAGAGGCUGUGAAACAGGCUCGAGAGUAUCUUGAGUUCAGAGAAGACUACUUUCAGGUACCCAGGAACCUUGUAGGCAAAGUCAUCGGCAAGAGCGGCAAAGUCAUCCAGGAGAUCGUGGACAAGUCAGGCGUGGUCCGUGUCAGAAUUGAAGGAGACAACGACAAAAAGCUUCCCCGGGAGGAGGUAGGCAGGCAGGGGGCUGGCAGGGACGACACUGCCAACAGCAAAGAGGGCAUGGUUCCAUUUGUGUUUGUGGGAACCAAAGAGAACAUCAGCAACGCUCAGGCUCUGUUGGAAUACCACGUUUCUUACCUCCAGGAAGUGGAGCAGCUGCGUCUGGAACGCCUCCAGAUUGAUGAGCAGCUCCGUCAGAUCGGGGUGGGGUACCGCGCUGCUCCCAAUCGGACCGGGGGCCCAGGUGGUGAACGGGAGAAGGGCUACUUGACAGAUGAGAGCAGCAACUCACUCCACGCCUCUCGUACCUAUGGGGGCCGUGGCAGAGGACGCAGGGCUUCCAACAGCCAGUACUCUGGAUAUGGCACAAACUCUGAACUGUCUAAUGCCUCUGAGUCGGAGGAUAUCGAGCGAGACCAGAGGCCCCGUGGCAUAGGCGGAGAUGAGAGAGGCUCCCGACGGGGCGGCCGAGGCAGAGGCUCCAAUUCCGGACGUGGCCGCGGAGGGCCAGCGUCCAAGCCUUCCAACUCCAUCAGCUCAGUGCUGAGGGACCCAGACAGUAACCCAUACUCCCUGCUGGAGGGUGAGGGAGAGCUUGCCGAAGGAGAUCUCAAUGAAGGCAUGGGAGGGGACCGCCGCAGGCGCUCCCGCCGUCGCCGCAACGACCAGGAACCCAGUGUAAUGGACGCUGCUGGAGAGUCAGACAGCCAGGCCGGCCCAAGUGAGAACGGACUGGAUGAUGAGGCGAGGCCUCAGCGUCGCAACCGAAGCCGCCGCCGCCGCAACCGCGGCAAUCGCCCAGAGGGAGGCUCAGCCAGCCGUGACAGACAGCCUACAGAUAGUGUAACGGUCGCUGACUACAUAUCUCGUGCCGAGUCCCAGAGCAGACAGAAUUUGCCCCAGAAGGAAAACCACGCUGUCCCUGAACCUAAGGAGAAUGGGACCAGCGCCAAGAAGGAUGAGCGAACACCCUCCAAGCGUUCCCCCAGCAAUGGCGUGACCUCGGCCAGUGAGACUCUGACCUUGGUCAACGGGGUCUCGUAAAGACGUGACCCUGCGCCCGGACGAACCCAAGUCUACAGCAAGACUCCAUGGCAAACUUUGUCCCUGCUUGCAUUAACUUAAACCUUUAAACAGAUGAGUGAAAAAUACCUGACAAAAUACAUGAAUUCAUACUAUGAGAGUGAAAAAGUACAAAAAAACGACAAACGCAUCUACUUAAAAACACGCGUUAACGGUGUAUGCUAUCCUAUCUAUCAGUACGUAGUGCUUAUUUAAAAAACAAAAAACAAAAAAAACUAGCUUGCCAAAAAAGAGCUGGUGGAUAUGACUUGAUUUUUAAAAAUACUGAAACACACGAAACAGGACGAGACUUUUUUUUUUUUGGAACGGUUAUCUUUGUUUGUGUCCUUUUUUUGUUUUUGUUUUGUUAUGUUAAUUUUGUUCAUUGUUUAUCACUGGUUUGGACUUAGCAGUCGCUCUCUCAACCAAAACAGACGAGUCUCUUAACAGUGUUAAAGUUCAGACAGGAGAGAUGCAGGCUGUAGGGAGUGGCGUACGAGCAGACAGUCCAAUUUGUUCGCGCACUGAACCUCACAGGUGGAGACGGAUUGGAAUAUUGAUAGACAUUGUGCCUUGAAUUUGAAAGAAAACAACAAAGAAUUAAAAAAAAAAAAAAAAAAAGCUAGAAUUUUUUCAUUAAGUUUUUUUUUGUUUGUUUCCCAAGUGGAAGAAAAAAAAAAGGUUUUCUUUUUUUGUUUCCAAGGAGAAAACAAACCUGUGAGGGAGGAAACAAGUUUAAAAACAAAAGAGGGUGAGGGAGUGGCUGGCCAACGUGAGGAAAAAGAAGUCUGGUGCCAAACAUGAAAUUCAAGGCGCUCGUCCUCAUUCCGAGUAGAAUGGACAGCGUUGGGGUCAGUGGGUGCGUGUAUGUACGUGCAUUUGUGUGAGUUUCCGUGUGCAGAGGAGAGAUUUGGCAACCACAAACCUAAACUGGAGGGGGCGAGGUAACAAACUGGACAGUUCGCAUAGUGAGGCGUGUCUAAUUAUCAGCAGGCCUGAGAGAGAGCGUCAGGUGAUGCUUCACUUCCUCCUCUCGCCUGUUUUGGGUCUUAAGAGGGUCCAGGGUGGUUCCCGUAACAGCCCAGUAAAACAGGACAGGCUGAAACCAGACGGACGGCAGCCUUAAAAAAAAAAAAAGACAAAAAAAAUGAUUUACACUUAAAGAGAACUAUACCGUGCCUCUUUGUCUGUGUUAGAGGGGGCGGCGGUGCUAGCUUCCAGCCACACGAGUGUCUUGAAAAACCACCGCAGCGCACAGCUUCGGAUGCACACAAGGGCGACCACCUUUCUGGGAGAGAGUGUAGGUAAUCUGGGGGAGGGGGGCGGGGGCCUGGAGACUACGGACUGUGCGAUGGAGAAAGCUUCAAAUGACAAUGAGAGCUACAUGACACACAGGCCCACAUUUACAGGUACAUACACACACACACACACACGAGGCAUGCACACCAGGUGCGUGUGAGCUCAAGUGGUCGCCCACGUGACACAAUGUAGAGGAGGGGAAAAAAGGAAAUGUUAAAACAAGUGAGGUGUCUGUUUUGUACCUGGCAGUUUGGGUUGGCAAAUGGAGUAAGAGAGGGACUGGAAACUCAGUGGCUCUCUGCUCAUGUUGUUACUGUUGUCUUGGUUACCCCUCUCAAGUUUUUUUUGUUGCUAUUUCCACAUCUUAGAAAAAUAUGAAAUAAAAAAUUGAAGUGAAAUCAA